GGGAGGGAGAGCGUAACUCAGGGCAGGCCCUGCCUUCCUCUGUGACCCGUCCCCAAUCUCACAGGGGCACCGCCGUUCACCCUUGCCCUCACACAGACGCAGGGUAGCAGGUCUUUUUCACCUUAAAAUCGGCAGUCGGUUCGGAGAGAGAAAGCAGGCGAAGGCAGGGUCAUCUCCCUCCCGAACGGCGUUCUGCAGAUCCUGGGGGUGCGGGGCGAGGAUGCGGGGGCUUACCGCUGCGUGGCGUCCAGCUCCGCCCAGAAGCGCUUCAGCCAGGAAGCUGAGCUCACCGUCACCGCAGGCCCGCGCCCUGCCCUGGAGGAGGUGGUGAUCGUGGUGCCGCCCCAGAACACGACGGUGCUGUCGGGACGGCCCGUGGUGUUCGAGUGCAUGGCACAGGGGCAGCCCAAACCCCUGGUGUCGUGGAGCAGACAAGACGGGAGGCCCAUCGCCACGGACGUGGUCGUCCUGGCGACGAAUCUGCUGAUCCCGGACACGGGACGCCAACACGCGGGCGUCUACGUCUGUCGCGCCAACAAGCCCAGGACCAGGGAGUUUGUCAUCGCCACCGCCGAACUGCGUGUGCUGGCCCCCCCGGUGAUCCUGCAGCCCCCGGAGACCGUGUCCCUGUCGCGGGGCAACACGGCGCGCUUCGUGUGCAACAGCUCGGGCGAGCCCCCGCCCGCCCUGCGCUGGCUGCGGAACGGCCGGCCGGUGCUGUCCAACGGGCGGGUGAAGACCCAGAGCCCCGGCGUGCUCCUCAUCAACCAGCUGGGCCUGGAGGACGCCGGGUACUACCAGUGCGUCUCCGCCAACCCGCUGGGCACGGCCUGCGCCACGGCCCGGCUCUCCGUCAUCGUGCGCGAGGGCCUGCCCAGCCCGCCCCGGCACCUCCAGGCCCGGCCCGACUCCAGCACCAGCGCCCUGCUGGCCUGGGAGAGGCCCGAGCUCAACAGCGACCAGAUCAUCGGCUUCUCCGUGCACUACCAGCGCGCGGCCGGGUCGAACAACAUGGAGUACCAGUUCGCGGUGAACAACGACACCACAGAGUUCCACGUGAAGGAGCUGCAGCCACACACGGCCUACACCUUCUACGUGGUGGCCUACUCGCCCAUGGGGGCCAGCCGCCCGUCACCGCCCGUCACCGUGGAGAUGCUGGAGGACGUCCCCAGCGCCUCCCCCCAGCUGUCCGUCUUCAGCACCUCCUCCACGGACGUGCGCCUGAUGUGGCCCCCACUUUCCUCCCAGCUCAGCCGCGGCGACAUCACCCGCUACCGCAUCGACUACUGCGCCCUGGAGCAGGAGGACAACGGGACGUCAGUGGAGGUGGGGGGUGCUGAGACUCAGAUCACCCUGCGAGGCCUGCACCCAAACCAGCUGUACCGCCUGCGCAUCACCGCCGGGACCCGGGCAGGCUUCGGGACGCCCUCCGACUGGACCCUGCACCGCACCCCCGCCCAGAUCAACCACACCAUGGUGCUCUUCGCUCCCACCGAGCUGAAGGUGCGGGCCAAAAUGCACUCCCUGCACGUCUCGUGGCAGACGCCGCCCAACAACACGCAGAUCUCCGGCUACAAGCUGCGCUGCCGGGAGGCGGAGCUCCAGGAGCCGGCCAAUGAGGAGGGCCCCGAAGGCGAGCGCGAGAAGGGGCCGGCGGCCGAGCCCGUCAAGCUGAGGAAGAAGAGCAAGCACCACGAGGUCACUGGCCUGGCCCCAGACCGUCUGUACGAGGUGAGGGUGUGGGCCUACAACAAGCAGACGGACGGCUACGCGGCGGUGUGGAAAGGGCGGACGGAGAAGGCUCCCCUCACAGGAGUCCCCCCGCAGGGCUUCCUGCCCCCCAUGCCCCCCAGCAUCGUGCAGGCCUCGGCCAACAGCUCCACGUCCAUCUGGCUGCGCUGGGAGAAGCCUCGCUCCAGCAACGUGCGCAUCGUCAAGUACACGGUGCGCUGCAGUCCUGCUGGCCUGCGCAACGCCUCGCUGGUCUCCUACUACACCAGCUCUGCCCAGGAGAUCCUGCUGGGGGCGCUAAAGCCCUUCACUCGGUAUGAGCUGGCGGUGCAGUCUAACGGGCUGGAGGUGGACGGACCCUUCAGCAACACCGUGGAGCAGUCCACCUUCUCCGACCGCCCCUCCACUCCCCCAGACGAGCUCCAGGUCAGCGCCCUGGACUCCAGCGCCGUGCUGGUCAGCUGGCACCCCCCGCCGGAGUCCAACGGCAUCAUCGUGGAGUACAGGAUCCUGUACAGUGCCAACGGCAGCCUGCCCGACCAGCAGUGGAGCUCUCUGUCCUGCCAUGGGAGCAUCACCAGCGCAGAGGUGCAGGGCUUGCAGAGCAACGCAUACUACUUCUUCAAAAUAGGGGCUUAUACCUCCGUGGGGGCAGGGCCCUUUUCCGCCGUGAAGGAUGUUCACACGCCCCCGGAACGAUACGAGCUGAACGUGCACUCGAUGACGGGCAUCAUCGUGGGAGUCUGCCUGGGGCUGCUCUGCAUCCUCCUCUGUAUGUGCAUCAGCUUCCGCAGCGGCAAGGCCAGGGAUGUUUCUGGAGGGCUGGACCCCUCCGCCCUGCCGCCCCAGUACCGGCGAGGCCGCCCGGCCCCCGUCGCGGCCCCGGAGUGCAGGGACUGCCACGAGCUGGAGACCCUGAUGUCCCCGGGGGCCCAGGACCCCGCCCCGCCACUGGCCGAGGUGACGGAGGAGCACAGCCUCAUAGGGCCCGGGGGCCUCGGUGACGACGGCCUGGCGCUGGAGGCCAAGCCUGUUUGGAACGGGUCGGUCAGCCGCAACUGGGCCAACCGCAUCACCAGGUACCGGGACACCGUCACGGAGGAUUCCCCUGCCCUUAGCAACGGGGCCCUGAGUCCUGGGGCCAGACUGCCCAGUGAUGGGCCCCUGGAGACCCCGACCACCGAAUCCAGCAUGACGGAGGCAGAGGACCGGCUGUACUCGUCCCUGUGCAGUAACCAGGUGGAGGCGGACGUCAUCGUGCACUCAGAGCUCUCCGACUCGGAGGGGGAGAGCGAGGCUGACGACCCGGGAGACGACCCCCAGGAGCCCCGCCCGUCUAGCCCCGGCCUCGGACCGCCGGCCAAUCACAACGGGCCGCAGCAGGAGAGCGGGGCGGACAGGUGGACGGCGCAGGGGGCGGGGCUCACGAACGGCUUCCACGCGCACGCGGCCCUGGAGAACGGGGACUCCUUCCAGCCGGGGAGUCGGCACUCACGCCCCGCCAAGGGGCUCCAGGAGCUGCCCACUCCCCCGGCCGCGUUCGCCAGCGCGGGACUCGUUCACUCUGCCUCGGCCGCGCACAGCUACCUGUGCCCCUGACCGCCGUCAGAGCGAUAGACUAC